AUGUGUCGCUUCCGGCCGCUGAACGACUCAGAACGGACCCGCGGAGACAGAUUCAUCCCCAAGUUCAACGGAGAGGACACGGUGGUGGUGGCGGUGAGUGGACCGGACCGGACCGGACCGGGUCAGCAGGACGAGGAUCUGUGCUCAGGUCUGUGGUCAGGUCUGUCCUCAUUAGGUCAGCAGGAUGAGGAGGAUCUGUGCUCAGGUCUGUGCUCAUUAGGACUACGUCAGAGAGAAAUGGGACAAUCCUGUCAAAAGCAAGAACCUCCUCCUUCUACCAGAGAUUUGACGCCUCCUCCCACGAUUGUGACGCCUCCUCGCAGGCCGGACCCGCCGCCUUCUCCCAGUGCUUUUCAGAGAGCCGUGGCGGAAAGUGUGCUGGGGGUGAGUAAAUAUGAACCCCAACCCGUCUCUGGUGGCAUGGAACCCUUUCCUAGGUUUAAAACUCACAAAAUUAAAGCUGAGUCUGAGGACAGUUUCUACCCCAUUGUCUUCAAUGACGUCAUGGGUCUGGAGGAUGGGGACGACAGAGGAGUUUGUAUUGAUGACAUCAAAACGGCCAUGAAGGGACACGUAAUGGAAGGUUACAAGUUUCAUACUCACUCUCCAUUGACACAUAAUGAACCAGGAUUCAACGGCAGUCCCACGGUCAAUGACCGAAGCCACAUCUUGGUUUGUGUCAUCUCUGCCAACUCGGCUGAAAUCAGAGAAUCGAUUCUGAAGAAGAUGAAAGUCGUCAGAGAAGCAGCCAGAGACUUGGCUCCGGGGCUCCUCUUCUCCCCCAAACGGCAGCAGGAGGUCGCUCCCCUCAGGCGGGAAUACCGGGCUGCUCCUCCAGGACCGUCGGAGCUGUGCGGGAAGAGAAGUCCGUAA